AUGCCCAUGAAGCAAUGUGAAGUUCCCAAAACCUUAUCUCCAACCCAUAAGAGGGGUCCUGUCAGUAAAUUCAGAAAUUUUCUGUUUAAUGAGAUAGGUAGAUUUACUAGGAGGACACUUUCUGAAUCAAAUAUGGAAUCAAGUGAGCUCGAUAUUGAUAAUGAUUUAGAGCAAAUUAUGAAUAUGUUAGUAUUACCUUUGGCUUUGGAGAAAUUCUUCAUAUUUUCCCUUUUUGCAUGCUUGGACUGUUUUAUGCAUUAUUUCACCAUAAUGCCUCUUCGAAUAGUAUAUGGUUUCUUUAAGCGUGAUGGAAACCAUAAGGUAUCUAAGGAGCUUAAGAUGUUGCUGCUAAUUUUCAUUGCAAGUUUGAUUUUGUUACGUGUUGAUACAUCUAGGGUUUAUCAUAGAAUCAAGGGCCAAAGUGCGAUUAAAUUAUAUAUGCUGUUCCAGGUUUUAGAAAUGUGUGAUAAAAUGCUCUCAAGCCUUGGUCAAAACUUGAUUUCCCUGGUUGUUACCACAGAGGGUUCGGGACAGCACUUUCCUAAGAAUCUAGGUUUUUUUGUUGCAACGCUUAUGUAUCUUCUGGCUCACGCGUUUAUUUUAAUGUAUCAAACGAUUGCAUUGAAUGUAGCAGUCAAUUCAUACUCCAAUUCUUUAUUGACAUUACUUUUAUCGAUGCAGUUUGCGGAAUUGAAGGCAUCUGUGUUUAAGCGGUUGGAUAAGGAGGGGUUAUUCCAGUUGUCUAUUGCAGACAUUGUAGAGCGAUUCCAACUAUUGACAUUUUUGACUAUCAUUACAUGUAGAAAUAUAGUUGCAACUGGAAAAGCAAUAUCGCAAGUAUUUCCCAAUUCCUGGCGUAUAACUUCAACAUCUUCUGUCAUUGUUGGGGUGCUUUAUGGACCAAUGGUUAUCGUGAUAGGAAGCGAGUUGUUGGUUGAUUGGGUGAAGCAUGGCUAUGUGACUAAGUUCAAUCGCAUAAGACCUCGUAUCUACAGUAGAUUCCUACAAGUUUUGGCGCAAGAUCACCAGAAUAAUAUCCGUGAGUUUCAAUUGAGGAUAGGUUUGCCUGUCCCCGCUCUAGUAGUGCUAUUCAUAGUCCUUGUUAGCCCUACAAUCCUGCAAACGUUAAACUCAUCAAGUACUUCAAGUGCCAAUACAGCAGUGAUUUUAACUGUUGGUUUCCUAUGUCUGGUAUUAGCAAAAUUCGUUUUGCAGGCCCUAAUGAUGAAAUGGAUAAAUGCAUCACAAUUACUACACCCUCAAAAUACCAAUGAUAUAUAUGUGCCAGGCGCACUUUCUUCUGGAAUGGGUAAGGUUGACGAUCAGUUGCGUUUGAAGAUCCAUUCCAAGGUCUUCCCAACAUCCGGUACAGAUUCGUCCGAUAAAGGAAAGAAAGCAAACAUGCCUCCAAGCCUGAACGAAAUAAGAAUUAAGAAGGAUGCAAAGCACCCUCAUUCGUUGGAACAAGUUACUCGCUUCAAGAUGGUAUCAAAAAGGAUCUGGUGA